AUAAUGGAAAUUUCACAGCUCCUCCUCAAUAACUAAACUAAAACUCAAUCUCUCUGUGUAAGAAUUUGUCAAUCAAAAAACAAAAAUGGCGACCAGAUAUUGGGUGGUUUCAUUACCAGUUCAAAAUUCAGCCUCAACUUUAUGGAACCGUUUACAAGAUCAAAUCUCCAAGCAUUCCUUUGACACCCCUCUUUACAGGUUUAACACUCCUAAUCUCCGUGUGGGUACCCUUGAUUCUCUUCUAUCUCUCAGUGAUGAUCUCUUAAAGUCAAACAGCUUUAUAGAAGGAGUGUCUCACAAGAUCAGGAGACAGAUCGAGGAAUUGGAGAGGGUUUCGGGUGUUGAGAGUAGCGCUUUGACCGUUGAUGGCGUUCCUGUUGAUUCGUAUCUCACUAGGUUUGUUUGGGAUGAAGCUAAGUAUCCAACAAUGUCGCCUCUUAAGGAGACUGUUGCCAGUAUUCAUACUCAAGUAGCAAAAAUUGAGGAUGAUCUCAAGGUUCGUGUUGCUGAGCAUAACAAUGUGCGCAGCCAACUCAAUUCUAUUAACCGAAAGCAAACGGGAAGCUUAGCAGUCUGCGAUCUUUCAAAUUUGGUGAAACCAGAGGAUGUUGUUACCUCCGAACAUCUUACAACCCUCCUUGCAGUUGUUCCUAAGUAUUCACAGAAGGACUGGUUGGCAACCUAUGAAACAUUGACUGAAUAUGUGGUUCCCAGGUCUGCCAAGAAGUUACAUGAGGAUAAUGAAUAUGCUCUUUAUACAGUUACCCUAUUUGUUCGUGUUGCAGACAAUUAUAGAACCAUUGCACGUGAAAAAGGGUUCCAGAUCCGUGACUUUGAAUUUAGUCCAGAAGCACAAGAGGGUAGGAAGCAAGAGUUGGCAAGGUUAAUGCAAGACCAAGAAAGCUUUAGAAGCUCUCUUCUACAAUGGUGCUAUACCAGUUAUGGAGAGGUCUUCAGCUCCUGGAUGCACUUCUGUGCAGUGCGUGUUUUUACAGAGAGCAUCCUAAGAUAUGGACUGCCACCAUCUUUCUUGGCUUGCGUUUUAUCUCCUCGUGUGAAAAGUGAGAAGAAAGUGCGCUCAAUUCUUGAAGGGUUAUGUGACAGUACAGACAGUGCGUACUGGAAUGCUGAAGAUGAAAUAGGGGGAGGAAUGGCAGCUUUGGGAGGUGAUGCGGAUACUCACCCUUAUGUGUCUUUCACCAUCAAUCUUAUUUGAACGACGGGCAGUUGCUGUUAUCUGUGUGUGCCAAAUUCCAAAUCCAAUGAUUCUUCGAGAUAUCAAUAAACGGAUGUAUAUUAGCAUUUGAUUGAUCAAUUCUUUUGGUUUAUUUAUAAUCGGACAUUGUCGUUGUUUAUGAUGAGCGAGAGGCAAAAUAUUUGCGUUUGCGGUGAAGAUUCAGUAAUUGAUGUUUAUGUAUUUAUGACAAUUAUAUACAAAUGAAGUCGGGGUCUGGCAAACAAGUUAUGUUUA